CAGGAAUUUGUGCGCGAUCAAAAUGCGUUUCCUGUACAUAUUUUUGGUAGCUGCCUUCCUAGCUGUGGCCUAUGCAGCCACAAAUGCUGACACAGAAACAGAAAAAAAUGUGGAACAAGUUCCUCAUUCUCGUCAGAAAAGAACAAUUCUUUUGAAAAAAAAACUUGCACUUCUAGGAGGAGCAUUACUUGCUAAAAAAUUAAUUGCAGGCAAAUUGUUAUACAAAGGCUUCGGUGGAGGAUAUGGCGGAGGAUAUGGCGGAGGAUACAAUGGAUACAAUGGAUACAAUGGAUAUAGUGGAUAUGGAGGAAAUGGUGGAUAUGGAGGACCAGGAGGUUAUUAUGGAGGAAAUGGCUAUAAUGGCUAUAAUGGAAAUGGCUAUAGCGCAGGUUUUGGAAAAUCGUUUGGCGCAAGUUAUGGUGUACAAUUUGGAGGAAAUGUUGGUGCCCAAUUUGGUGGCAACGGAGGAACCAAUAAUGGCCAAUAUGGUCCACCCCCACCCCCUAGUGUAUACUAUCCACAAAGCAGCAGUAACAGCUAUGCCUACGCUGGCUAUUCUAGAUAAAAUUAUCUCCAUGAAUGUUAUUUAACAAAAAAAUAACAAAACAUCAUCUCUUGCCAUCGAGAAGACUUGAUAUAACAUAAAAAUAAUAAUUCAAAAACUUUUCAAACGCAUCUUGUAUUAUUAUUGUAAAAAAUCAUUUUCACGCUCAUAAAACUUUUUUUAUUAAAGUUCAA